CAAACCCACCAAAUACAAAUACGAUCAUAUUUGUAUACUGAACAUAAUCUGUCCUCGGCCCUGCGCAUGAAGCUCGGAUUGAGGGACUCUUUGUCCACUGGCUCCUAUUAAAUAGAAACGCAGCAUUUAAACAAGUUUACUUUCAGAUGUCGGUUAUUACAACGGUCAGUAUUUAUAAUAAAUGUUGCCAUUUUGAAAAGAAAUACCCAGAUUAGCCGUUAAUAAUUAAACAAAGGUUUAUUCCGUGCAUAUAACAAGCAGUGGACCUUAUACCAACGACAAAACGCCAGUUUCACUAGAAAAAUAAGAUAUUUUGGAAGUAUCUACUUUUUUAAGCGGACGCGUCAAAUCCCGUGGCACCGCCUCCCGUCGCCACCGGAUAAUUCGUGUUGACUCCGAUGAGUGGAGGGUCGCCACGGCCGGAAUUAUGUGUUUUAAGUGCAGUAUCGUCCUCUAAACACCUCCGGAGUACACUCACCAACGUCUCGCCUCGUCCCGGACCGCGGUGCAGCGAUGGGCCCGCCGCAGCUCAAGGAGUUCGUGUCCCCGCCGGAGUGUCCGGUGUUCGAGCCCAGCCGGGAGGAGUUCUCCGACCCCUUCGCCUACAUCAACAAAAUACGAGCGAUAGCCGAGAAAACGGGGAUCUGCAAAGUCCGACCGCCUCCCGAAUGGCAGCCACCAUUUGCCUGUGACGUGGACAGACUGCAAUUCACACCGCGGAUUCAAAGGCUGAACGAGUUGGAGGCUCAGACCAGAGUCAAGCUCAAUUUUCUCGAUCAAAUAGCAAAGUUCUGGGAGCUGCAAGGAUGCACCCUGAAGAUUCCUCACGUGGAGAGGAAGAUCCUCGACCUGUACCUGCUCAACAGGUUGGUGAACGAGGAGGGCGGCUUCGACGCCGUCUGCAGGGAGCGGCGCUGGAGUCGGAUCUCGGUCCAGAUGGGCUUCGCUCCGGGGAAGGCCAUCGGCUCCCACCUGAGGGCCCACUACGAGAGGAUCCUGUACCCCUACAAGCUGUUCAAGACCGGGGCCAACCUCCUGAAGGCCACCCUGACCAACGACACAAAGGACAAGGAGUACACGCCCCACGACCUGCCCCAGAGGCAGUCGGUGCAGCCCCAGGAGACCUGCAGCAUCGCCCGCCGCGCCAAGCGCAUGAGGGCUGAGCGGGGCUACGUGGGGAUGGACUCGGAGGAGGACUGUGAGAACCGGCCCAACCUGAGACGGCGGGUGGGGACGUACUCCACCAAGCAGGAGGGCGGGAGGAUGUCCUCGGGGCCGGUGAAGCAGGAGCCGGUUCUGUACCAGGACCCCCUGGACGACAAGGAGACGGUCCUCGACCGGAGGAACGAACCCGGGGUGGACCAGUACAUGUGUCUGGUCUGCGGCUGCGGGACUGCGGAGGACCGCCUGCUGCUCUGUGACGGCUGUGAUGACAGCUACCACACCUUCUGUCUGAUCCCGCCCCUCCACGACGUCCCCAAGGGGGACUGGAGGUGCCCCAAGUGCCUGGCUCAGGAAUGUGGAAAGCCUCCAGUCGCUUUCGGCUUCGAGCAGGCCAGCAGGAACUACAACCUGCGGACGUUCGGAGACAUGGCGGACUCCUUCAAGUCGGACUACUUCAACAUGCCGGUCCACAUGGUUCCCACGGAGCUGGUGGAGAAGGAGUUCUGGCGCCUGGUCAGCACCAUCGAGGAGGACGUCACGGUGGAGUACGGGGCAGACAUCGCCUCCAAGGAGUUUGGCAGCGGCUUCCCCGUGAAGAACGGGCAGGUGGAGGUCUCCGGGGACGACGAGACCUACCUCACCAGCGGCUGGAACCUGAACAACAUGCCCGUGCUGGACGCCUCGGUGCUGACCCACGUCACGGCCGACAUCUGCGGCAUGAAGCUGCCCUGGCUGUACGUGGGCAUGUGCUUCUCCUCCUUCUGCUGGCACAUCGAGGACCACUGGAGCUACUCCAUCAACUACCUGCACUGGGGCGAGCCCAAGACCUGGUACGGGGCCCCGGGCUCCGCCGCCACGCAGCUGGAGGGGGUGAUGAAGAAGCUGGCCCCGGAGCUGUUUGAGUCUCAGCCGGACCUCCUGCACCAGCUGGUCACCAUCAUGAACCCCAACACGCUGAUGAACAACGGGGUCCCGAUCUACCGCACCAACCAGUGCGCCGGUGAGUUUGUCAUCACGUUCCCGCGGGCCUACCACAGCGGGUUCAACCAGGGCUUCAACUUCGCCGAGGCGGUCAACUUCUGCACCAUGGAUUGGAUGCCCAUCGGGCGGCAGUGCGUGGACCACUACCGGCAGCUCAGCCGCUACUGCGUCUUCUCCCACGACGAGAUGGUCUGCAACAUGGCCGCCAAGGCCGACCACAUGGAGGUGGAGCUGGCCUCCGCGGUGCAGAAGGAGAUGGCCGUCAUGAUCCAGGAGGAGGAGGAGCUGCGGGGGAAGGUCAACGCCAUGGGCGUGUCGAGGUCCCAGCAGGUGGACUACGAGCUGCUGCCCGACGAGGAGCGGCAGUGCCUCAAGUGCCGGACCACCUGCUACCUGUCGGGCAUCACCUGCCCCUGCAGCCCCGGCAAGCUGGUGUGUCUGCACCACGCCCAGGACCUCUGCUCCUGCCCGCCCAGCGGAUACACCCUGCAGUGUAAGUUCACGCUGGCGACGCUGUACCCCAUGAUGGCGGCGGUGAAGCAUCGCGCCGAGUCCUUCAAGAACUGGGUCGCCAGCGUCCAGGACAUCCUGGAGACCAAGGCCAAUAAGAAGAGAGGCCUGGAGGAGCUCCGCAGCCUGGUGGAGCAGGCGGAGGCCGGCGCCUACCCCAAGACGGACCUCCAGCGGCAGCUCCGGGCGCUCACGCUGGACGCGGAGAAGUGUGCCUCCAUGGCCCAGCAGCUGCUCAACGGGAAACGCCAGACCAGGUACCGCUCUGGAGGCGGGAGGACCCAGAGCCAGAACGAGCUGACGGUGGAGGAGCUGCGGUCCUUCGUGACCCAGCUGGACGGCCUGCCCUGCGUCAUCCGCCAGGCCCCCCUCCUCAAGGACCUCCUGACCCGCGUGGACGACUUCCGGCAGCAGAGCGAGCGGCUGCUGUCGGACGAGGCCCCCAGCGCGGCCGGCCUCCAGGAGCUCCUGGAUGUCAGCCUGGGCCUGGACGUGGAGCUGCCCCAGCUGCCCCUGCUGCGGGAGCGGCUGGAGCAGGCCCGCUGGCUGGAGGGGGCGCAGCGGGCCAGCGGGCGGCCCGACAGCCUCUGCCUGGACACCAUGAGGCGGCUGAUCGACCAGGGCGUGGGCCUGGCCCCGCACGGCUCCGUGGAGAGGGCCAUGGCGCGGCUGCAGGAGCUGCUGACGGUGUCGGAGCAGUGGGAGGAGAGGGCGCUCAGCCUCAUGGAGGCCAGGCCGUUUCACAGCAUGGAGACCCUGGAGGACGCCCUCCAGGAGGUGGAGAACAUUCCGGCCUUCCUGCCCAACUGCAUGCAGCUGAAGGAGGUGGUCCUGAAGGCCAAGGACUGGCUCCAGGAGGUCGAGGCCCUGCAGGUGGGCGGUCGCAUCCCCGUGCUGGACAGCCUCUCGGAGCUGGUGGUCCGGGCGGAGGACAUCCCGGUGUGGCUGGACCCGCUGACCCGGCUGGAGGCGCUGCUGGCCGACGUGCAGACCUGGAAGGAGAGCGCCGCCAAGACCUUCCUCGUGAAGAACUCCUCGCUCUCCCUGCUGGAGGUGCUGACCCCCCGGUGUGACGUGGGCGCCGGGUCCCAGAAGAGCCGGUCGAAGAAGAGCAAGGAGGCAUCGCCGGGCUCCCGGAGGGACUCGGCCAAACUGGACUCUCUGAGCGAAGUGGAGCGAGCUCUGUUGGAGAGCAAGGACUCCGCCUCGGCCAUGACCACGCUGGAGGACGUGCGGCAGAGCGAGAUGGAGGUCCUGCUGGCGCUGCGGGCCGCCAACGAGUCCAAGCUGCUGUCUGCCGCCGACGGCAGCGAGGAGCUCAGCGUGUGUCUGUGUCACAAGGGCCCGUCGGGCGGCAUGCUGCAGUGCGAGCUCUGCCGCGACGUCUUCCACAGCGACUGCGUCACCACGGCCUCGGAGCUGGAGCAGGACCAGGCCUGGCUGUGCCCCCUGUGCCAGCGUUCCCGGAAGCCGCCCCUGGACCGGGUGCUGCCCCUGCUGGCCUCGCUGCAGCGGAUCCGCGUGCGGCUGCCCGAGGGCGACGCCCUGCGCUUCCUGAUCGAGCGGACGGUGCGCUGGCAGCACAGGGUCCAGAUGGCCUGCACCGACGGGCUGCUGGACGACCUGGCCGGGGUCGGCGUCGCCGGGGGGAAGGCGAAACAUUGGCACUGGUGUCUCUCUGCACUUUUGGGGAAGAGCGGUUCUUCAGACUUCUACUCGGAGCACCUAUCCAUUCCACUGCUGGGUCUGGGCACGGAGCUGGAGGAGCUGAUGGGGGAGGGCUUCCUGCUGCAGGUCACGCUGCCCGAGACGGACCAGCUGUACAGAUACCUGUUCCACAAGCUGGCCAUCCCGCCCCCCCCCAGCCCGGCCUCGUCCACCCAGGAGCCCCCGGAGCAGCAGCAACACCACUCCAGGAAGGGGAGCCCGCACCGCACAUCGAACGGGAGUUCCUGCCACAAGAAGGACUCCGGGAAAAGCAAACGGACCAAGCGGCGCAAGGACAGCACAGACUCCCACCCCCGGGACAGGGUGAAGAAGUCCCGCAAGAAGAAGUCCAAGUCGGGCAAGGAGAAGAGCCCGGAGGUGAAGAGGUCUCCGUCGCCCAGCAACACGCCGUCGGAGACCCUCCCCUCGGACCCCCUCGCCUCGGACUCUGAGGACGAGGAGGAGGACUAUUCGCUGUGUGCGGCGCCUUGGUGCCGGGAGCCCGGGGGCGACGAGGUGAACUGGGUCCAGUGCGACGGCACCUGCAACCAGUGGUUCCACCAGGUGUGUGUGGGCGUGUCCGCCGCUCAGGCGGAGAAGGACGACUACAUCUGCAUCAGCUGCACGCAGCCCGACUACGACCGGGGAGAGUGAGGCCGGCGACUGUUUCUUUGAAUGAUCUGACUCAGACCCCCCCACCCCCCCCCAGCGAGUGAAUAGAUGAACUUCUUGCCGUGUGGCGUACCCCCCCCCCCCCCCCCCCUCUUGGCUUGCCCUUAGUGACUUUGGUGCUGUUUACUUUUUUCCAGAUUUCCAAACUACUUCUGUCGUUGUUUUGUCACGGUUGCUGGUUUCACAGCCAAUAAAUUUAACUUUUCAAAACUUUCCAGGACUUGAUGCAGAUUGUAGAAAAAAAAAAAACGGCCGAUGUUUCGAGAACCAACUGUGCAGGGAUUUUUCAACCAAAAAAAGGUCUAUUUGACAAACUUUUGGAACUUCCUGAUUUUUAUAUGCUAAUGAACAACGGGAAAGUCGUCUUUCUCUUGUAGAGUUAAUAUUAUUUAUCUGAGUGGUGGGACUGAGCUUAUUAAUUGAAUCUCGGUUUCCCUAUGAACUAUAUUUGUGCUUAGAAGUUCUUUGAUAGAAUGCUUUUUGAUGAAAGUCUAACCUAAAACGUCCUAGUGCGUACGGUCCACAGUUCAGUCCUUGUUUGUGAUAAUAACAUGUGAGUUGUGAUGCUGGUAGGUGCAGUGUACCUACUACGUUAGGUAUCAGACCUGCAUGAGUUAAUUUUCCUUUAUAAUUUAAGUUGGACUCGUGUUGUUUCAUAGCGUUCUGAAAUCACUAACUUUGUAAGAGGAGUUUCUUGUUUUCAGGUGGAUUGUAGGAAAGCAUUAAAUUCUUGUCAUUAAAGCAUUCAGAUAAUUAUUGCAAUCACGUGAUCGGACUGUGCAUCGUCACGGGAACGUAAGGUUUGUCUUAUGGUAGACUUUCCAUUUAAGCUCUAGGAAGAAAAUAAUAUGUGUUGGACUUAGAGUUAACACAAACUGUGUGAUUUAACUGCCACGGGUAUAUGACCUUUUUUGCUCCUUUUGGUAAAUAAUAUAAUUCCUAUGUUGCAGUUUGCAUUAUAAAAUAAAAAAUGUGUUCCCAUA